CGGCUCCCGCACGCCACCCGCCCUACCUCGAGCGUGAUGGUUUUCCCCGUGAGGGUCUUCACGAAAAUCUGCAUCUUGGCGGCGGCCCCACCUGCGUUCGAGAAGAGACGGAUUAGAGCCGACGACAGCGGCAGGGCGACGCAGGGGGCCACAGGCCGGAGCCCGACUGCGGAGCGGGCACUCACCACGGACGGCGGAUCGGAAAGGAAGAGCCGCGCGGGCCAACGGGGCUUCCCGGCCGAAGGACCCGCCCCUUAGGCGUCCACGCACGUGCCUGCGCGCUGCAACCGAACCGCGGCUGACUAACGCAGUGCCAGACUAGCUCGGGCGCUCCAUUUCUCGACGCUCUUCUUCUCAUUUUGGUCCUCCGCGUGUCCUCGAAACGAUGUGUUCAACUUAAAAAUGUUUCAAAAGACAUUCUUAUACAGUCGAUGCGACUAAGAGGGGCUUUCCUUUAAAGGGGGCGUGUUAGCAUGAGAAGAGAGGUAACAAGUCUAUCUGGGAACUGUAGUUUUUCGCUCCUUUCUUCUUGCUAAAACUACUCGUCCCGAGAUGCAGUUCUACACUUCCGGGCUAUCUGGUUACAGUCUCUAAGCUCUGGAUUCAGGGUUAGAGAUUCAGGCUUACUAAAGUUUUUUGGCUUUGUUGCAAAAGAAGGUCAAAGUUUAAUUUUUCUCCGGUGAACAAGCUUACAGAUUAAGAUUUAUGUCAUUCCAAGAAGUAAACAAACAUGCAGUUCUCCCUCCUAUCAUUAGUAGAAGUGACAAGGAGUUUUUGGAAAGCAUGCAAAGAUACAUAACUACAGAAACCGAAAGAGUGGGCUGCAAUGAGGAAGGACCUGCUGAUGAGUAUUACACCAUAUACCGAAAUGUUUUCGAUAAGGUAAUAGACUAUGUCAGUGCAUACAAGUCCAUUCUUACUUCAAUCAAAAAAGAAUAUGAUGCCUUUAUUGAGACAAUAAAGAAAGGCCGAAGAACUGCUUAUUAUCUUCAUGGAAAACUUAAAGUUUUGGCAGCAGAGCCCACAGCGUUGGUAUACCACCAGAGAAGAGCCUUUCAACUUGAAGCAAAAGUGAGAGUUAUUGAAAAUAAUUCCACAGUGAUUCAGUUGCAAAUAGAUGAGAUGAAACAGUUGAGAGCAGAGUAUGACAAGAAAGAAGUGAAGCUCUGUUCUUCUACCAGGCAGCUCUGGAGACCAAUCCCAGGGAUGACUCUUCAAGAAUCUGUCAAUUUGGAUGCUCUCAAUAAAUAUAAGCGGCAUCUUGAAGAUAAAUAUGUAAAACGUAAGCAAGCUAUGUCAACAGAGUAUGUACCAGCACAAAAGAAGGCUGACCUGGAUGAAGAAAUGGUUGUGUUACUAAAACGCCGAGAUAUAGCUGAGAGUCUGAACAAAGACCUGCAGUUUCGCCAUCAGAGACUGCAGGUUAUUUCACACACACUUACUGCAUGGAUGAAGGAUAACUUGAGAAUCCCAUUUGAAGACAUCAUGGAGAAAAUUCAGAAAACCAAUGCAAUCUUCGGUGAUGAAAUCAUUGUUGAUGAACUAUUUGAAGAUGACCCAAGCAAGACAAAAGAAGCUAUAAUUAUGCUUUACUACAUUGAAAAGUUCAAUGAAUUAAUCUCUCUUGGUGAAUAUGAGAAGGCAGCUUGUUUUGCAGCAAACAGUCCAAGAAGAAUUCUUCAAAAUAUUGGUACAAUGAAUAAAUUUAAGGCUAUUGGAAAAAUUAGAGGAAAGCCUCUCCCAUUACUCUUGUUUUUUGAGGCUAUAUUUAGUACGAGUCAUGCUUUUAAACGUCCUAUUAAUGCUGACCUAACCCUGGAGGGAAUCAAAUGUGGAUUGUCUGAAAAACGGCUUGAUUUAGUUACACACUGGGUCACCCAGGAAAAGCUGACAUUUUCUGAGAAGGCUGGGGAUAUUAUUUUUGCUUAUGGGGAGCAGAACACAUACCAGAAGCCCAGCUGUUUGGCUUUAGCUCAGCUCAUCUACAAUGAAUGUGGUCUACACAAGAAAGCUCUUCUUUGCCUGUGUAAACAGGGUCGGAUUCAUGAGGCCAUGGAACAUAUACAACAGUUCAAGGACUUUACUUCUGAUGACCUGAUACAACUAAUAACAGUGUGUCCCCAAAUUGAGUUAAUUAUAUGUCUUACUCAAGAAAGGAAUGGAAAACCACCACUUUUAUCUUUUGGGCUUGCUGUCCUUCAUCUGUUUUCUGUGGAUAUGAAAAAAGUUGGCAUCAAGUUACUCCAGGAAAUCAGUAAAGGUGGGAAAGAUGUAGUAGAACAUCUUCUGAUGACUGAUUCAUUUUGCUCCUUGGAAAAGUGGCAAGAAAUAGCAGAUAUCUGUUUACAGAAUGGCUUUGAAAAUUUGUUUAAUGACAUCAUGUUCAUUCUUCGAUCCCAAGCUGGAGUUUCAGAAAUUUCUGAAGAUGAUUCUAUCAACUUAAUGGAGCAUGUUUUUUGGUAGUUCUAUAUUUUAACCAGCUGAGGGCGCUUGUACAACAUUUUUAGGCAUUGGCUGGGCAAACUGGUUUUAGCAUAGUUAACAAAAAUAAAUGUUGAGUAUGACACUCUCAGCAACAAGUCA